AGAUUUAUGCGUUACGCCCUCUGCUGUGCCUUGAUACAGGUGUUGUGGGUUUUGAUUGGUUGAAUGGGCGGUCCUCUGCUGAAGCCGGCAGAGUGAGAUGGUAAGACGGUGUUCUGGAGAGAUAUACUCACACGAGACAGCAGUAAGCGGUGUUUGUAACACGUAAGCCAAAAUAAAACUGAAGUGUUAUCUCACCACACUACGGACAGAUGUAGAAAGAUGUGGACAACAUUAUUCUCAAUUUAAAUAAAGGAUUUUUUUUUUCAAGUAAAAAGUUAAUAUCCGAAGCCGCAAAACCAGACUCACAGACCACAACAAGUUUGAUGAGUGAAAAUUAAGUGGAAGCAACUGUAAAUGAAAAUUACCUGAAGGGCUGUCAGGUUCCUGUGUGUUGAGUGCCUCGCAGAAAGGCGGUUGUGAGAGAAGUUGAAAUCAGAAACACUGUUUGCACCAAUGCUGCAAGACUGGAAGUAACAUUGCAUAUUUAAAUGUCUACCUGAGAAACAUUACAAAUCUCGAUGAUUAUUAUUUUUUUUUUUUUUUCCUGUUCAUCUUGUAUUUGGAGGAGCUUGCUUAGUUUGCUGACAAGCGUUGGAUGCACCGAGUUUGCGAGGAAAUGGAUGUCAUGCAUUUUUUAGGAAAGAAAACACAUUUAAGCACAUAUUUUAUUGUUUUGCAGGUUAUCUUUACAUUGGCUAUAUACUUGUGUGCCAGUGAGACAGUGCAAGUCAGAGAUGAAGAUGACGAAAGGUCUGUCUAUCAGUCAAACCUGCUGGAGUUUCUAGAAUUGGCACAAAGCACUGAAUAUGAAAUUGUAGCUCCAUAUGAAGUCGACCACAAAGGGAAAUACAUCUCUCACGCAGUCGCCCAUCACCACAGAAGGAAAAGAUCGAUUCAGAACAGGGCAGAGGAGUCUGUUCACUUCAGACUACAUGGCUUCGGGCAGGACUUUCAUUUAGAACUCCAGUCUUCAGGUAGCUUGUUAGCACCUGGUUUUACAAUACAGACACUUGGAAAGAAUGGGACUACAGUUGUGGAGGCUUACCAGCAUGAAGACCUUUGCUUUUAUCAGGGGUCAUUAAGAUCGAAGAUCGACUCUUCAGUAGCAAUUUCUACAUGUAAAGGCAUGUCAGGUUUGAUAAGGACACAGGAUGCAGACUAUUUUCUGAAGCCUCUACCUCAGCACCUUGCACUUGAAGAGAACUUUACAGCUCCUACCAGCCACCAGCCUCACAUCCUUUACAAGAGAUCCACAGACAGCCAGAGGCACUUAGUAGACAAUGAGGUUAUAAUCGCUCGAAGACCUAAAGCCAUGGGAUACUACAGCGAAGGGCCUCAUCCCCAACAUCCACGCAACAACUACAAGCAUGGGGAGCUGCAGAAGCAACAUUUCUGUGGAAGGCGCAAGAAAUAUAUGCCUAAACCUCCAGAGGAGGACAUCUACAUUUUGCCAGAUGAAUAUACAUACCCGUCCAGAAGCAAACGUGCAGUCAUGUUCAAGUCCCAGAGAAACGAGAAGCUGAAUGUGGAGACCCUGGUGGUGGUGGAUAGAAAGAUGGUGCAGAAUCACGGAAAUGAAAAUAUAACUACAUAUGUCCUGACUAUACUAAACAUGGUGUCUGCACUAUUCAAAGAUGGAACAAUAGGAGGAAACAUAAAUAUUGCAAUUGUGGGCCUCGUACUUUUGGAAGAUGAUCAGGCAGGGCUGGUCAUCAAUCACCAUGCUGACCACUCUUUGAACAGCUUCUGUCAGUGGCAGGCAGGGCUGAGUGGGAAGGAUGGGAGCCGUCACGACCAUGCCAUUCUGCUGACCGGGCUGGAUAUCUGCUCCUGGAAGAAUGAGCCCUGUGACACUUUAGGUUUUGCACCAAUCAGCGGGAUGUGCAGUAAAUAUCGCAGUUGUACUAUCAAUGAAGACACUGGACUUGGACUGGCUUUCACUAUUGCACAUGAAUCGGGUCAUAACUUUGGCAUGAUUCACGAUGGUGAAGGAAAUGUUUGCAAGAAGUCUGAAGGUAACAUCAUGUCUCCAACACUGGCUGGCCACAAUGGGAUCUUUUCAUGGUCUGCAUGCAGUCGGCAAUAUCUCCACAGGUUUCUGAGCUCUGCCCAGGCCACUUGUCUUGCAGAUGAGCCCAAGUCUGUGAGGGAGUACAAGUAUCCGGAGAAGCUUCCAGGGGAGCUGUACGAUGCAGACACCCAGUGCAAGUGGCAGUUUGGGGAAAAGGCCAAGCUCUGCACGUUGGACUUCAAAAAGGACAUUUGCAAAGCAUUGUGGUGCCACCGGGUUGGCAGAAAAUGUGAGACCAAGUUCAUGCCAGCUGCUGAGGGCACUGUUUGUGGGCCUGAUAUGUGGUGUCGCCGUGGUCAGUGUUUGAAACACGGAGAUGAAGGCCCCCGCUCUGUUGAUGGUCACUGGUCAGUCUGGUCAGGUUGGUCUGGUUGCUCAAGAAGCUGUGGAGCGGGGGUGACCUAUCGAGAGCGGCACUGCAAUAACCCAAGAUAUGGUGGGAAUUUCUGUGAGGGCUCUUCUCGUGCAUACAAACUUUGCAAUGUUCAUAACUGCCCUUCAGGCAGCAUUGACUUCCGGGCCACACAGUGUGCAGAAUUCAACAGCAAGCAGUUCCGGGGCUGGUAUUACAACUGGAAGCCAUAUACUCGAGUCGAUGAGCAGGACCUGUGUAAACUUUAUUGUUACGCAGAAGGCUUUGACUUCUUCUUCGCCCUCUCAAGUAAAGUGAAAGAUGGUACUUCAUGUUCAGAGGGCAGUUCAAAUCUGUGCAUUGACGGAGUAUGCGAGCUUGUUGGCUGUGACCGUGUGUUGGGCUCCAGUGCUAUGCCGGAUGUCUGCGGUGUCUGCAAAGGCAACAACUCAACUUGUAAAAUGUUCAAAGGCCAAUACAACAAACAGCAUUACACAAAUCAAUACCACAGCGUAGUUACCAUUCCAGCAGGGGCCCGCAGCAUUCGUGUGUACGAAAUGAACAGCUCCAGCUCCUACUUGUCGGUGAGGAACUCCUAUCACAAGUACUACCUCAAUGGGUACUGGACUGUAGACUGGCCUGGCAGGCACACGUUUUCUGGGACUGUGUUCAACUACAAAAGGCCGUACAGUCAACCCGAGAGCCUCACGGCCACAGGACCUACAAACGAGACUUUAGUGGUAGAGAUUCUCCUUCAAGGCAGAAAUCCAGGGGUCAGCUGGGAAUACGCUCUUCCAAAAUCAGAUGGUGAUAAGAAGAUGGUACCAAAGCACAACUACACUUGGGCUAUAGUCCGAUCUGAGUGCUCGGUGUCCUGCGGGGGAGGCCAGAUGACCACGAAAGCAGCUUGUUACCGUGACUUACGUAUGCAAGUGAACAUAUCCUUCUGUAACCCCAAGUCUCAGCCUGUGACUGGACUGGUCUCCUGUAACACACAAGCUUGCCCUCCGAGCUGGAGUGUUGGAAACUGGGGCGAGUGCAGUCACAGCUGUGGAAUUGGUGAGCAGAUCCGACAAGUCCUCUGCACACAGAAGGUUUAUUACAACAAGAUGGAAACGGUGACUGACACAAAGUGCACACAGCCAGUCCCAUUGCGUAGACAGACCUGUAACCCCCACAGCUGCCCCCCUGCGUGGAGUGCAGGGCCCUGGUCUGAGUGCUCUCGUAAAUGUGGUAAGGGACUGAAAAAGAGGACAGUGGUCUGCAAGAGUACGAACCCCAUUCCGAGAGCUCAGAUACUUCCAGACAGCUCCUGCUUAGCUGAGCCAAAACCCAAGCCCCAGGAGUCCUGCAUGGUGAAACGCUGCCAGAAGAAUCGCAAACUCCAGUGGUUUGUUUCUAUAUGGACAGGGUGUUCUGUAACAUGUGGCAAAGGAAUACAGAAGAGGCUGUUGAAUUGUGCAGAGAAGGAUGUUGCAGGGAAAUACAAACAGCUGGCUCCCAAGAGGUGCCACCAUGUGCAGAAGCCUGCUGUACAGCUGGAGAGGGAAUGCACCCUGGCUGCCUGUCCCAGGCUAGUCACUCACACUGUCACCAGCAGUGCCCGGGCCGGCUGGUACUCCUCCCCCUGGUCUCAGUGCACAGUGACCUGUGGAGGUGGAGUUCAGGCACGUUCAGUGCAGUGCAUAGCACACGGAAAGCCCUCCUCAGGUUGCCUCCUUCAUCAAAAGCCAGUUAUGUCUCAGGCCUGUAACACCAACUUCUGCCCGGAACCUGAAAAGAAAGAUGUGCCAUGCAAGGAUUAUUUUAACUGGUGUUACCUGGUCCCCCAGCAUGGAGUUUGCAACCACAAGUUCUAUGGCAAGCAAUGCUGCAAAUCCUGCUCUCAGUCAAAUCUGUAAGCCUCAAAGAAACAUCCUACCAUUGUCGACCAUGAAGACAGAUUUUCCAUUGAAGCUACUGCACAUUGCACUGAACUGAAAUUUUAAUUAGACUAGAAUACAAAUAAGUGCCUUAUUUAAACUUUAUCGCUCCAACUUUGGUGGUCUUAAUGUUGGAGUUGCCCAUAAUGGUCUUAAAGAAGUUCUUGCCCGAGGCUUGGAAGAUUGAAAAUGACCUUUUUUCUCAUUGAAAAACCUAAUAUGACGACUUGCACAUUGGAAGGAUAAAAAAAUACUAUCAGACAAUGGCUUUUAAUGAAAUUGGAAGGCAUAAUAGACAUCUUUCUCAAUGGAAAUCUUACUCAUAACCGCACACACGCAUCUGUGGGCUUCUGUUCUCAAGAAAGCAGCAGGAGAAUAUCUCUCUCUUAGGAACACACAUUAAGUAUUAGCAUAUUAAUUAUAUUUUUAAGUAUUAUGUCUGGGAAUUUUAACAUUUAAUGGCAUUUCUUGGAAGGAGAAAUGUGGAAGUCACUGAUCAUUAAGUGCACAUCUAUGUGAAGGGAACGGUGGACAUAUUUUCACAGACAAUGAGGAAUUUUAUGGGACCUACAAAUAAAAACAAAAAGGGGAUAGGUUUAAACCUGUUUUUUACCUCAUUUACCACUGAAACAAACCUGCUACACUACCCAGUAAAAAUUACUGUACCCCACAGGCUGUUGUGGAGAACUUCCUAGAGCAGUUGGUGGAUACUAUGGUGCUACUCUGUUUUAAUGUAUCAGAGAAAACAAAACUCUUGAGCUCUGAUAUUUCUGUUACAGAAUAUUCAUGUUUGCAGAAAUGUACAGCUGAAAAAAAAUGUUUACUAGAUGUGCAUUUUAUUUAUUUGUAAGGUAAAAAUAAAUGUUCAGAUUUUUUUUUUUUUUGUAAUGAUUUUAAAGCAAACUUUAAUUUUAUUUGCAGUUAUAAAGUGCUUUUGCAUUCUUGGCAGCGAAGUCUGUGACCUAUGUGCUUGAGAUGAAAUGGUGGUUUGCUUUAUCAAGGCUUCUUUGUGCUCUGGUUGCUUAAAGCAAACUUAUUCAUUCAGCUAAGUUCAUGCUAUAUAAGGUUCAUACUUAGAAGUAUUCAUCCCUAAUCAGUACACAGCUAAGCUACUGAAACCUUAGAAGAAAACUUAAAAGCUGCACAUUGUCACACUACAUUUCUGUCCAGUUUUACAGGUGAUGUAGUGCUUUUAAAGUUUUUAUUAUGCAGCUGUACUGUAAACAUUUCACAAAUAUUUAUGUUUUCUGAAAAUGUAUAAUACAUUUGUAUUGAAACUACUGCAGUGUGUUUUAUUAUUAUUGAAUUUUGGUGUAAAUCAGGCACAUUGUGUUGAACAUAUAGUGGAUGGCUAUAAAGUCACCUGGCCAUUUUGCCACUGCAGAGCAAUGAAAAUUGGUAGGUGGAGCACCAAAUGAAGGGCAACAAGAUUCUAGACCCUUCAGAGAGAGCACAAAAGCCAAUGCCUGUAACUGUUGUUGCAUUAAUCACAUGUUAAAGCUAGCCUUCAUAUUGAGAAUGUCUGUCAUAUUGAAAGAUUUAAAAAUAAUCGCAGGUUCUUGAUUUCUUUCAUACAACUCUUGUUAGUCGUCAAAACCCAAAACAGACGCCUCCUAAUCUGUGUAAUACAUUCAGGGCCUCUCCAAUUUAAUAUUUGUUUUCAUCAUUGUAAAGUCUUCCUGCCUUUCUUUCCUUCUUAAUAAAGUUUUUACAAAAAAAGAGUGCACUGCCAUACAGAAUUUUGGUCUCAGUGGAGGCCCUAUUGUGGCAAACCUGAAUUUCUCAAUACUUACUAUGGAUUGUAAUUGUUAUCAGCUCUCACCAAAACCCAACGCUGUCCGCUUUUUGCCACUUUUGUAACAUUGACAGAGUAAUUCAUCCAGGAUUCUCUGACGUUCUUAUCAAUGCCUUUGUUUUCUGUAUGGGCUGGACAAUUGCAAUUGCUUGCUUGCAGGGGCUAGUAUCUCUAGAUGAGUCUUGAAUGCUCUGGUCACCUUUACCUGGCUUUCAGUGAAGUGCGCAAUUAAUUUUCUCACUUUAAUGUCAAGUAGGGUCUUGUUCUUUGCUACUCCUGUGUAUCCAGGACUAUGUAUAGCUAUGGCCAAAAAAUGUUGCAUAUAGAAUUAACACAUUUUGCUUCAUAAAGUUGAAUGAAACAUGCUGAAUACUGUUACGUUAACAUUGAAUUACAUACCGCUUUGUAAUUUUCCAUAUACUUCAAUAAAAACUGACAAACAUGAAAUACUGUACUACUAUUA